AAUUGUGAAAACCAGGAAAACCCAGCUCUUCUUAAUCGCUUUAUGCUACCGUUUAAAUGUGGGCGUUUUUUGGCUUCAUCACAAAAGCUGCAAAAUGCAGAUAAACUGUAUCAUUUGUCUUGAGCGGACGCGGGAUUUCGCAGCAGGCCUAUUAAUCGAGCAUAAUGUUGGUGCAAGAAAAAGUGGUGCUAUUAGCAUGGACAGCUCUGGUGGUUGCAAUUAUGUUGCUCACUUACGUCUUUAAAAAACCCUUAUUCAGAAAGAUCGCCUUUGAUGAAAGCUCCAUUACUAUGGACAUGAUAAGUUACCACAAGGACUUUACAAAUGUGCCACAAUACCUGAAUGUGCGAGACAAAUUCCACACAAAAAUAUCGCUUCUUGAGCCAGAAAUGAGGGAAUUUAUGGGAAAAUGUGCAUCGAAGACACCAAAUGAUCAAAUCGGCAUCAACCAAACCUACCUGAUGUUGCGGAAAAACUAUCAAGGAGCUGAAGAUCUUCAGAUUUUUUUAUCUGCAGCUUGUUCUUAUCUGACUAUGGAAGCAACAAACUCCAGCGUGGUACAAAGAAUGAUUCACAAUCAGUGCUACUCAAUAGAGGGCCAACAAUAUUUUCUUCUCCUGGCUGAUGUAACCCAGUCUACGCAAAUCAGUUCUGAAAUGUGUGGAAAUUGUACGGAAGACUAUUGCUUGAUGACCGAUGAGUACCGCGAAUCCGUAAUUACAACCCCCCGGGAAGCAAUACGGGAGUCUUGUCGGUCGCAACUUGGAAAGCACCCGUUUCUCGCGUAUCUUCCAAAUGUUUUUGACUCUUCGCCAACGUUGUUCUCCUUUUGCAAAAAGCUGCACAAAUUUGAGGAAAUGUCUUAUUAUUAUCAAGGCCAGGACAAAUUCUACGACGAUUAUAUUGAAUUUAUGGAUCGCUACAUUCUUAUGUACAACAUGUUCUAUUUGCCAAUUGUUGGUUCGUCCCUGUUCUCGCUUUUGCUCCUGAGCAAUCUGUACCGCGCCCCAUUUAAAGUACCAGGCAAUCAGUGUCUCAUUUUUCACGCGCUUUCCAACCUGAUUUUGAAAUUGGGAACAGCAAUAACUUUCUUUAUCCCGUGGUCAAAGCUCGCAGAAAACAGGAUCUUGGAUAUCGCACUAGUUCGCCUGCCCUUCUUUUUUUCCAUGGCUGCCAUAAUCUGGAUCACUCUUUAUAGUUACGACUGCUACUUGACAUUUAACGCCAAAGGAAGGAUUGAUGAAGAAAUGAAAGUAAAAAUGAUUAAAACUUACCACAUUAUUGCCUGGUUGGCCAGCCUCCUUAUUUCAGGAACUUUUUACUUUUCCGUCGACACGAAUCUGAUUGUUUUUUCAAACAAAUCACGGGAUUACGGAAAAUUGCUGAAUUCCCAUCUUCCACGCCUUGCAUUUUUCCUGGUUUAUUUAUUCUUCAGCUUCAAGACGUACAGAAAAAUCCGCUCCACAAUCAAUGACACGAAAAUGGCUGCAGCACCAAUGAAUCGAAAAUUGAGUUUGCAGCUGGUGUUCUUGAGACUUUUUAUUGUCACUGACGUUUUGAAUGAUGUUUACAUCGUGCUAAUUUACAUCAUCCCGAGCAUUGCAUCGCAUACUUUUAAUAUGUACUACUUUUUUAUUGCUUUUGCUUUUGGCGAACCAUUUCUGUACACCAUUUUCUUUAUUGCUCCGAAAAUUCAAAAGUGUUUUCAAAGGACGCCAAAUGCAACAACACAAGCACCAAUUGAAAUGGCUAAAAUGUAACAUUUCCUUGGAUAUAGGAAGGAGCAUAAAUAUUAAAUUCAUCACUGUAGUUAAAGUAGAUAUUAUUUUUACUUCGAACAAUUUUUAUUUUAACAAUAAUUUACAAAUAUUUCAACAGUUUUCUAUCAAUAAAUGCAUACAUAAAAUAGUUUGCUACA